UCGUAUCAUUGCUGUAUUGCAAGAACAACAGGAGCAUCCAGUUUUGCCAAAUGGAUCGGAAGAUCGAUGCAACCUUGGAAGAUAGACUCAGCGAUAUUGACGAAUUUAUCCAGUCCGAACUAGGAUUCCCUCCAGUGAGUCAUAUUUCAGAGUCAGUUACAGUCGAAGAACUUUACAGCAUAAGCUCCUUGUUUCGUGAAGCGGGGGACGAGUUAUUAGAGCAAGAGACAAACAGUGUCCCAAAGAAGGCUUAUGAAGUUGAAGUGGAAGUUCAGAUCGUGGGUCUCAAAGACGUCUACGACAAAAAGACGAAGAAAACUAAAGAAGGAUUUGAAUAUCGCCUGGACGACUCAGAAGUAACUGUGAUUGUCCAAGCUUCUGAUGAGAUCUCCAGUAUUCGAGCUUACACUCAAAGGUGUCACGAGGCUGCGAGGAGGACUCACGACACAAUUGGUCCAGUGGAACUAGAUGUAAAGGUUGUUCAGAGUGAGGCCAGAUUCCGAGUCGUUGUAGUAGACCUGGGGUCGGUGUACAAGACACAAGGAGGUGAUCCAGUCUACUGGCUAGAGAAGGCCGAAGUCAUUGAAAGAAACAAAUGGGAAAUGAUAAUAGAAAUGGAGUUUGGUUCAGACUUGAAAGAAGCAGUUAAGUCAGAGCCAUUCAGAGUUACAACCAAAGCAAGUUACAAGAUGAGGAAGAAAGGAGAUUUGCCUAGCUGUGGAAAUGUUCAAAGGUUAUUUCGAAAAUUCAGCCGGCCCAGCGAUAGCAGUGAUGUUCCUGAAAGGUCCUUUAAUGGAAUAAAACAAGAAUUUUCAAAUCAAGUGGCAUGUUCUUUGAGUGGACAAUUAAACGCCUUCUCUUUUACAAAUGAGGAAGACAAUACAUCGGAACACUUUUCUGUUGACAGUUUUGAGACCGACUCCGAACCUGGUUCAGAAUCCUUGGCUGUCAGGAAAAUUUUGUUUCAUGAUCACACCGUCUUAGAUAGAAACGUGGUUUCAAAGUAUUACAAUAGCAAAACAUCAAUUCACCAUAUUGUGGAGCAACCCGAGCAUCCGGGUCUUCUAAAGUUGGUUGGGAAGAGAUGUAUGGCUAGUAGCACUCGCCGUAAAGCAAAUGGACACAAGAGCGCCGAAGAGGAUUUCUGGUGGGCCUGUGGGCACUGUUUCUUCGAACGUCGCAAGAAAUCAACCAUAAAAGCGCAUGUAACUCAGAGGGUUUGUCAAAAGUCGAUUGAAAAUAAAUUGUCCAAAAGAAAAUUAACAAGCCGCCAAAAUAGCGAAAGUGACUUGGUGGAACCUCAUUUUCUUGGUUAUACAUGGACGGACUCUCUUUCUGUUUGAGUUAUGUAGUACUAUUUAGGCAUAUUAAUGGUUUGACACUUUUUGAAAGUAAAGUAAAAAAGGAAUGUAUUUUGUGUAUUAAAAAUAACGUAAACUAUGCCAACGCGUUGUUACAUAGGUGUAUAUUAAUUGUUCUCUAAUUAUAUAAUUCUUUGUGGUGUAUAUAUCGUUUCAUAUUGGUGUAUAUAAAAUUUAAAAUAUUAGCGUUCUAAGUUAUGAGGUUCUUUUCCAAAUUGAUCUAUUUUAUGAAUUUUGUAAAAAUGAUAUUUUAUGAUUUUGAGCAUGACAUUUUGUUAUCAACUUUUGUCCUAAUCCGCCUGGAAUGCGGAUUUAAAAUUGAAUAUUAUUUGAAAGAGGAGGUUAAUAAUCCAUUGCAUAGUCGGUUGCUCAAGCCUCUAACCAGAAGGCAGGUUAGAAUCUGUUGCUAGAAACCUUGCCUCUUUCCAUACUUGAAAUUGUCUUUUUCAAGCUAACUGAUUGGUCGUUUCUAUUAUUCUAAGUACACUCCAAACUUAGUUAUUGUAUUAAUACUUGGUAAUAAAUCACACAGCUGUGGAAUAUUCCUUGCCUAUCUAAACUGUAACGCGGUGUAAGUUAAGCUAUCAGUAAUGAAACGUUACAUAACAUAAAAGACGAUCUAAACAACGUUUUGUAACUGGAUCUCGUGGUUGGUCCACGAGUUACACAAACUACAAAUAAA